UAGUAAUUUGUGGGCGAUGUUUAACAAAUCCCUAAAUUUAACGGGUUUUUAACGAAAAGUAGUAAGAUUUUUUUUUUUUUUUUUGGGUGAUAAUUUAAAAUUAUUUAUUUUAGAUGUUAAUUUUAAAAAGUAAGUUAUUUGUAGAUGGUAAAAUACAAAAUUUCACAAUAGUCAUAAACUCAUAACUAAAAGCUAAAAAACACAGUAAAAUAUUUUGAUCCAUCAUUUGGUAAGAAGACUAAGAACCCUAAACCCCUAAUCAAACACUUACAGAAGUAAUCCACCAACAGAGGAUUCUUGAAGGACAACAAUGGCGGGAUCAGAAGCAGCAGCAGGAGUUGGGGAAAUCUCUCUCAAAGAUCAAGGCAAUGAGUUUUUCAAAGCUGGUAAUUACCUUAAAGCCGCUGCUUUAUAUACUCAAGCCAUCAAGAAGGACCCUAAUAACGCUACUCUUUAUAGCAAUCGUGCUGCAGCUUUUCUUAACCUUGUCAAACUCACCAAAGCACUGGCUGAUGCUGAGAUGACAAUUAGUCUUCGUCCAGACUGGGAGAAGGGUUAUUUUAGAAAAGGAUGCAUCUUGGAAGCUAUGGAGAAAUAUGAUCAGGCUUUAGAGGCAUUUGAAGUUGCAUUGCAAUAUAAUCCACAAAGUACUGAAGUGUCAAAAAAAAUAAAGAAAAUAUCACAAUUGGCCAGAGAUAAGAAGCAAGCUGAAGAAGUAGAAAGGAUGAGAUCCAAUGUUGAUGUGGCCAAGCACUUGAGUACAGUGAAAUCUGAAAUGGCUGAGAAGUAUGGAGGUGAAGAGUUGGGUAGUGUAUUGUUCUCAUUUCUUGUUGAAACUAUGGAAAAAGCUGUAAAAACAUGGCAUGGAGCUUCAAAAGUGGAUCCUCAAGUCUUCUUCCUUCUUGACAAAGAAAAGACAGAUACAGAGAAAUAUGCCCCUGCUGUGAACAUAGAUAAGGCAUUUGAAUCGCCUCAUACACACAGCAACUGCUUCUCAUUUCUUAGGCAAUAUGCUGUGGAUUCAUUCUCCAAAGCUGCUUGCUUAAUCACACCUAAAAGCAGCAUAUCUUACCCUCAGGUCUGGAAAGGUCAAGGUUUUAGGAAAUGGAAGCAUGGGCAGAGUGAUGGAUUCUUUAUCCAAUUCGAGUCUCCUUUUCUACGAAAUUUAUGGUUCAUCCCUUGUAGCAACGAGAAAGGAAAGGCCUUGUGCAGGGAUCCUGAGGCUUUGGACAUUGGUGCCCAUGAACUACUUCCGCGUCUAUUUAAAGAAUGAUUGAGACAUUGGUGCCCAUGAACUACAUCCGCAUCUAUUCAAAGAAUGACUGAGGAAAUCCUGACAGUUUGAUGUGACUAACUGUGGUUUAUUUCAUGACCUGGAUUCAGAUGAGAAUGCAAAAUCUGCUUGAAUGUCAUAAUUCCAUGUCGACUGUUUGUUCUGUCAUGCCAUGUGUGGCCGAUCUUGCUGGAUUGCGAAUGAAGAAGAUCUUCAUUUAUGAGCAAUUGCUCGGAAAUUCAUAGUUUGUUUCAUUGAUCUUCUGCCUCAUGGUUCAUAUUUUCUGCUGAUAUAGUUUUUGGGUAAUUGGGUGAAGGGGUAGCUUGCAGAUUUAGUUUGUCCAUUCAAUUUAGUUAGCAGGGUGUAUUGUGUAUGAACUCACAUUGACGUAAGAGGUAUCUGAUUGGCUGGCAAAGGAUAUGAUCAAGUUUCCAUCUGAUCAGUUUUUGUGGCUCUUUGCUUGUGCUAGCUAAGUGGGUUGAAGAGCUAAAUUUUUUGUUACAUGCGUUUUCAUUGUGGUUUAGUUGUCAAAUUCAUAAUAAGUUGCUUUUUUGUCACAGGUCAUAAUGAGAGAUGCUGUAGUUGUGAAGGGUUUUGUUUGUCUGUUCAAAAAUUAAUUGUCAAAAUGCCCCAACGAAUGAGGAUAUGAAAAAUAAAAUACUUUGUAGUUUGUACUGA